CUUCUCCAAAAUGGCCAAGUACUCGGGCAAAAAAUGCCGCCUGCUCUCGAUGAUGUGGCUGACGGCCUUCUUUUUCUUUGUGGAAAUCAUCGUGGGCUAUGUGACCAAUUCCAUGGCUCUGGUUGCGGACAGUUUCCACAUGCUGGGCGAUAUUGCCGCCCUGGUCAUAUCCUUCCUGUCUGUGAAGAUGUCGCCGAAAAAGUGGUCAAAGAACACCUUUGGCUGGGCCAGAGCCGAAGUUCUUGGAGCCUUGGUCAACGCUGUGUUCCUGGUGGCCCUGUGCUUCAGCAUCACCAUUGAGGCGUGCAAGAGAUUCAUUGAAGAGGAACCGAUUCACGAGCCCGAGCUGCUGGUCAUCGUGGGAGCCCUUGGCCUGCUGGUGAAUGUAAUUGGACUCUGCCUGCUUUACGAGCACGGCGGUCACCAUGGUCACUCGCAUGGUGGCGGUCUCACCCGCAACCACAGCCGCCUCACCGAACUGGCCAACAUGGACGAGGGCGAUGAUGAGCAGAAUGAUUACGCCUACGAGAAGCAAAAGGAGAAGCAGGCGGCGAAAAAGUCCAGCCAUGGCCAUAGCCACGAUCCCGGCCAGAUGAAUAUGCGCGGCGCCUUUCUGCACGUCCUGAGCGAUGCCCUGGGCAGCAUUAUCGUGGUGAUCAGUGCGAUGGUUGUGUGGAAGACCGAGUGGAAGUACCGCUACUACAUGGAUCCCGCCCUGUCCAUCGUCCUGGUGGUACUGAUUCUGCAUUCCGUGUGGCCGCUGCUCCGCGAAUCCGCUUUGAUCCUGCUGCAGACGGUGCCCACCCACAUUCAGGUAGAUGCCAUACAGAAGCGUCUGCUCGAGAAGGUCGACGGAGUGCUGGCCGUGCACGAGUUCCAUGUGUGGCAGCUGGCGGGAGACCGCAUCAUUGCCUCGGCCCAUAUACGUUGCCGCAAUCUGUCGGAGUACAUGAAGAUUGCGGAGAAGGUCAAGGAGUUCUUCCACAACGAGGGCAUUCAUUCGACCACCAUUCAGCCGGAGUUCAGCGAGAUCGAGGGCUGCAACAUGUCCGAUGGCACCUCCAGCAUCAACAUGAGCGGCUCCGAUUGCUGCGCCCUGGACUGUCCCACCACGGACGAGGGUUGUGUCAAGGCCACCUGCUGCCAGAACAACAACAAAUUGAACCAACUGCCCUCGCCCACCAACUCGCCAUAUUUGUGCCGACAGCGUAAUGCCGCCCGCCAGGCCGGCGAUGUAGAGGCGGGCUCCCUGCUAGAGGUCACCGCGUCCAGUGGAAACCAAGGAGGAGGAACUGCAGCCGCCACUACCACACCAGGAGCAUCAACCACUUCGAUAGCGGCGACGGCGGGGUCAGCGGGGAGGAGCGAUUCGUUCUGACAACAGCCACAGCAACAGCAGGCGCCACAACAUGUACACUUUGCCACGACCAAAACAGCAACCGCAGCAGCCACUGCCACCGCAGCAGCAGCAACAGCAACAACAAAAGCCGCCACAGCAGGAGCAACAUCAAUACGUGAUAUAAGGUACGAGCCAAGCGCCAACAACCCAGUGGCUUCCAGCAGCGCGAUGGACGGCCUGUCGGUGACGGCUCAGCGGCGAAGAGAGCUGCAGUUGCUGGCCGAACAGCAGCAGCAGCAGUAUCAGGAGCAGGUGUCACCCCUCAGCACCCGCAACGGUGACGAGGUGGCCCUCUAAUUAAGGAGCCUAGUUUAACGUUUUAAUUGUGCGUGCUGCAAGACUGGAGACUGGUCUGCCCUGGUGCAGCGUUCGUGUUUUAGUGUUUGUACCAUUAUUUGUUCUUAGUGGAAUUUUAGGCAUAAAUGGGGAGGGCAUGGAACGGAUAGAAGAGCAAAGUCGCUGACCACUGAGCUAGUUUAAUUGAAGAAUCAAAAAAAGCAAAGAAAAAAUUAUCUGAUAGUGCGGAGAACACAAAGUUUAAUUGAAAACAUGCAGUUAAUGAUGAUGUCAUUCGUAUAUACUAUAUAUAGUAUGUUAAACCCCUUCGAUUGUAGUUAAUUAAUUGCAUUAGUUGUAAGUCGAUAAGUGAGCCCAACCAACAGAGAAUACAUAUGUACUACGUUUUUUACAUUUUGAGAAAGUUUAUAUACCUACGUGAAUAAAUAAAUUAUUGUAUUCAAUAGUUAACUAUGGAUUAGCGAAUGACUAAAGACAGUUUACAAAAUACAUAGCGGUAUUGUGUGUGUACGGUUAGGCAUAUAGUUCCCUAUUCUUAGUAGUCUUUAAUGCUAUAAUGUAAAGAGAAGAGUUUUUACCACACAAACAAGCGAGAAACUAGUUUCUAUUUAAUUUAAAUCGCGUCGAACUUUAUAAUGAAUAUACAUUAAAUGCAAACAUCAUGUAUUAUUUUAUGAUCUGCAUUGACUUUCACCUGUAUAUGUUUGUAAAUAAACGCCAAACAUAAUCAGCCCGAA